GAGCGGCGGGACGCUUGAAAUGAGAAGAGGCAAGUUAUGUUAUCGCUCUUCCUCUCCGCUUACCUAAGCGCAACGGACUACAUAUACACGCCUAUACCUUUAUCGAUUCCUCACGAAUGCACCAUAUUUAAAAGUAACAGAAAUGGCACCCAAAAAGCAGAAGGACCACACCGCGAACAUCUCUAGCUCCAUCGAAUCUGAAGACUUCAGUCUAGAGACCACAGUGCCCACGGAAGACAUCUCGUCCUCAGACGAGAAAGAUGGCUCACGUAAAGUCACGAAACAGCUACUGGAAAGGAAAGAACUGCUCCAUAACAUCCAACUCUUGAAAAUAGAGCUGUCGCAGAAAAAUCUCAUGAUUGAUAAUCUCAAAGUGGAACACCUUACCAAAAUUGAAGAAUUGGAAGAACAACUGAAUGACGCAUUGCAUCAGAAACAGGUGCUCGCCCUUCGCCUGGACAGUCAGCUAAAACUCCAACAGGAUGAGAGCAGGAAGCAGCAGGCACUGAGGAAACAAGAGAUGGAUGGCAUUUUGGUGCGGCAGAAGCAGCUGGAGGAGACCAACCGGCAACUGUGUGAGCGGGCCGGUGAUGUCCGCCGCAGUCUUCGAGACCUGGAGCUGAGUGAGGAGAAGUACUCGGAACUGCGCGAGCUCCCAGAAGACAAGCUCUCCAUCUCUGAAUAUGUGGCGGUCCGCUUCUAUGAGACGGUGAUGCCGUUGAGGUCACUGGUGACGGAGCUGCAGGUGAAGAAGAGCAACAUGAGUGAGGACCUAGACAGCCAUCGCAACCAGAUCAAAACCCUCAUGGAGAGCUACGAGGAGGAGAGGAGAGCCCGCUCUGAGCUGGAGCUCCGCUGUCAGAGGGUGACCCUGGAGCUGGCCGACACGAAGCAGCUCAUACAGGACGAUGACUACAGACGGCAGAACUACGACAAAGUCAAGCGAGAGCGAGACGGCUAUGAAGGGGAGGUGCAGGAGCUGAGAAAGAAGCUUACGAUGACGGACCUGACACAGACCGCCCUGACCAAGGAGAGGAACGACCUCAGUAAAGCGGUGGCCACCCUGCAGCAGUCGGUCACUCUGCUCCAGAAGGAUAAGGACUACCUAUCCAGGCAGAACAUGGAGCUGAAUGUGCGCUGUGCCCAUGAGCAGGAGCGAUUGGACAGGCUGCAGGGCCAGCUGGAUGACACCAAGAAGGCCCGCGAGGAAGCCUACGACAAAUAUGUGGCUUCCAGGGAGCGCUACAAGACCGAGUACGAGAAUAAACUGCGUGAUGAGCUGGAGCACAUCCGACUGAAGACCAGCAGCGAGAUCGAGAGCCUGCAGCGUGCCUCCAAGGAGAUGUAUGAGCGGGAGAACAGGAACCUUCGUGAGGCACGAGAUAAUGCUGUCCUCGAGAAAGAACGAGCGGUCAGUGCGGAGAGGGAGGCGCAGACCAACUACGACCGGCUCCUGGAUCAGUUCAGACAGCUGCAGCUGAACUCCGACAGCAGGACAUCAGAGCUGCAGAGUCAGCUGAAGCUGAAGGCUUUCGAAGCGGAGCGUGCUCAGAUGGUCCAGGAGGAGUCUGCCAGGAACCUCGAUCUCUGCCAGAUGGAGUGUGAGAAGCACCAGAAGAAACUGGAGGUUCUCACAAAGGAGUUUUACACACUGCAGACGUCGUCAGAGAAGCGUGUCGCGGAGCUGCAGUCCCAGAGUGCUGAGCAGCAAGUCCGCCUGCAGGCCUACGAGAAGCUAGAGAAGGAGCUGGAUGACGUUACCAUGCAGGCGGCAGAGAUGGAGAAUGCGGAAGAAGCAGAGAGGGUGCUGUUCUCAUAUGGUUACGGAGCGAACGUCCCCACAACUGCCAAGCGGAGGCUGAAGCAGAGUGUUCACCUGGCACAAAGGGUUUUGCAGCUGGAGAAGCAGAACACUCAGCUGAGGAGAGACUUGGAGAGAAGCACCUCCCACACGGAGCAGCUCUCUGAGGAGCUACAGUCAGCCAAUCAGCUGCUUCAGCAGGCCCAGCAGCCAUACAGCUACCUCAUAGAGACGGUUCGCCGGCGUGAUGCGCAGACCCAGUCAAUGAAAGAGCGCCUCUUACAGCUGGAACAGGAAGUAAGUGGCUUGAGGAAAGAGAAGACAGCCCUGCAGCAGACGAACAACAACAUGGCCGCAGACCUGGAGCGUCUCCUGGGCCACAGAGAGGAGCUGUCUGUGAUGAAGCAGGUGCUGGUGGGCUUGUGCUCACAGCAGCACGGGGAGCCUUCAACCAUACCAGCACCAGAGGCCUUUAGCACAGUCGCGCGCAGGACUCCAGAGCUCGGGGCAGGUGCCCACGAUGACGAGUUGGCCAAGCUCCGACCCAAACCCACUGUGUUUACUAAUAAAGACGUCCCGGAGUGGUACAGAAAGCUCAAGGUGAAGCGUAAGUGACGCAUGGAGACCUGUUUAUCCAGUGGGCAAAGAGCGGCCCCCGAACCAGCGUGUAGAUACGCAUGUGCGACUUUUAUUUAUGGAGGGCGGGACUGGCUCCGUGAUCAGUCGUUCGAUGUAUUUGUACAUUUCUUACGCGUUUUAAGCAGUUCAUAUGUGUGUAAAUUUUAUAUUAAUAUUGCCUUAUUUUCUUUUUUUUUUUUUU